AUGUCUUGGACCAAAAUAUCCAGUAAUCAUUACCGACGUCCCAUGGGUGAAAAUGAACGGCUCAUCAAAUUCAUCGGAGACCGCGCUCAUUCCGCAGGCCGUGAACAAUGGUCGGUCUCGACAACUGCCACAUUUAUCCCGUCCGACAAUCGAUCAGCAAAAGAGUGGGCGACGCCGACGCUUCGCGAUGCCUGGAAGCUGUUGCGUUUUCGCCAUCCUAGCAUAGCAUCAACUCCCAGUGUGGAUGGCGAUUACUUGGAAUAUAUAGUUCCAAAGGAGGACGAUUUGGAAGACUGGAUAAAGGAGACAUAUAUUGUGGUUAAGACCAAGAAUUCUGAGGAUGUGAUUGCGGAAAUGAAACCCGGCCCUUUUAUGACACUCCAUUUCUUGCCUCAUAAUUGGGAAAUCGUCUUACAUACUUCUCACUGGCGCACGGAUGGUUAUGGUGCAUUUCAACUUCUGAACGCGCUUUUGGAAGCGGUGAAGAUCGUUAUCGACGACGGACUGCCAGCUCUUCCCUGGGGUGAGGAGGUCACUCGUCUGGUGCCCAGUGUAGAGACCGCUUUGGCCUUACCUGACUGUGGGAUUCCUGCAACGACCGCUAGUGCGAUAAAAUAUGCCAAUACGCAAGUCUUCCUUAAAGACAGUGUUGGAGUAACUUACAAUGGCGAGUCAAUGACCAGACCAGGUGGAACUCGGGCUGUGAGAAUGCAGCUAAGUACUGAAAAAACUCAGUCAAUUCAGCGCGCUACCAACGAAAGAAAAAUUGACAUGUAUGCAGCUAUUCAUGCUGCUUUGGCAAAAGUUAAUCUGACAUAUGCAAAACCUACGACUUCUGUAACUUUAGAAAAUGAAAAAGAAUACGCAAGCACGAUAAGGUUGAGCUUGAGACCUCUUCUCAUCAGCCCAUUCACAGAAAAUCCUUCAGUUGCUGCUGGUCUGUAUACCGGAGGAUAUAUCUUCAAGGUUACACUCAACGAUCACUUCCUCAAGAUCGCUCGGCAAUAUCAGGAUCAAUACGAAAACGGUGCGAGCUCAGAAUUUGUACAAUCACGCCGCCAAUUUGCCGCCAUGGCCUUGAGUGGUCUUCAAAAGGGCUUAUUGCUUUCUAAUCCCCCUCCAAGCAACAUUGAUAUCUCAUUUGUUGUUGGUGUAGAUGAAAUGGUGAAAUCAGGUUUCGAUACGAAGCAAGGUCGGUUGGAGGUAUCGCGAGUGGGACUUGGAGUCGAGACAUUGACCCGGCAGCCGUGUUUAUUCUUUUGGCUAUUCCGGGGUCAACUCGAUCUGAGCUUAGUCUAUAAUGAAGCAUAUCAAGAUGCAGAGCAGGUACACAAAAUGCUUAACGGCGUGGUGGAGGUAUUGGAGCAUCAUGGAAGUACUUACAUCGGUAUCAUUACCUAA